GAAUGUAUGCCACGUGUUAAGAUUAGCGUGUGGGUGAGAAUGGGUGGUGUGAGUAUCUUUUAUUUUUAUAUUUUUUAUAAAUAUUGGAGAAUUUCUCAUUUCCCUGGAAUUAGGGUUUCGACGGAUUUGCAGAACGGUAGGAAAACAUGGUUGCAAAUGGUGAAGCACCAGCCCGGGGCAGUGCAGCUGCAGCUGCAAGCUUGCGCAGGCGGCGUGCUAGCAGUGGAACUGGUGCUGGAGGGGCAAAUACAAUGCUCCAGUUCUACACUGAUGAUUCUGCAGGUCUCAGGAUAUCCCCUAACACUGUCCUUAUCAUGAGUGUCGGGUUUAUUGCUGUGGUGGCCGUUCUGCAUGUUGUUGGUAAGGUCUGGAGGAAUUAGAGUUCAGCCAUCAUCAUAACUAUAACCAUUUUGUUUCAUGAAAAUUUCUUCCAUAAACCAUGAGCUAUUCCUCAGUCAGAUGUGACUGGUGAAUGCUUUUACAAAUUUUCUGUUAUGUGGAAUACUAAGUUAUGUGCAAUCAUAUCAGCAUUAUAAGA